UUUCUCUCGCUCUCUCUUAACACCACGAUUCAAAACCGCAACCCCACCCACGAACCUAGAAACACCGAAAACCAUCACCAUUCUCAUCCUUCAGUUCUCGAUUGGAUUCCACAGUGUAAACCCAAAAAGUAAAGUUUAUGUAAAGAUCAACUUACAAAGUGGUGAGUAAAAAAAAGUAUCUCAAGCCAUUGCUCAUCACUUCAGAUAUCGGUAUAUCCAUAGUGAGUCGCUCCCCACGACCUCCUCUCUCAACCCUCAACCACCCACGAUUCUCUCUCUAGUCCGACGCUGCCACCGUCACCGCCGCCUACGUACACAUUCUCUCUUAGUCCCUCUCCUCUCCAAACAAUCAUUUCCCCGGAUGAGAUGAGCACCAUCACCGACAUCCUCCACGGAGCCACCGUCAUCACAAAUUAGUCCACAUUCCUCGGUCCAGAGGUGCAUGCUAGAAUGGCAUGGUUCUUGAUUGUUUCUUCGGUGAUUGUACUAUGGGUAGCUUCGUUAUUCAAAAUUAUUCAUGGCUCAUAUUCGCUUCCCAAGGGCACUUUUUUGAAUAAUUUGAAAAAUGGUGGCAGUGUCAACAAGAGAAAUGUUUUGUUCGUUGUUGCCCACCCAGAUGACGAGUCCAUGUUCUUUACUCCAACAAUAAACUAUCUGACCGUGAGAGGGCAUAAUGUUCACAUUUUAUGCUUGUCAAUUGGUGAUGCAGAUGGCAAAGGAAUUACAAGAAAAGAAGAGCUCUACCAGGCUUCUGCAAUUCUCAAGAAAGAAAGAGGGGCUGAGAAGCUAAAAAAGGUUCCGCAUCAACAAGUGUCGGUUCUGGAUCAUCCAAAUCUUCAGGAUGGUUUUGGCAAAGUUUGGAACGAUAGCAUAUUGGCAAAUAUUAUCGAAGAGGAAAUUACAAGAAACAACAUUGACUUGAUAAUUACUUUUGAUAACUACGGAGUUUCGGGCCAUUGUAACCACCGUGAUGUGCAUUAUGGGGUAAGGAAACUCUUACAAGCGUCGUCACAAAGGAAAAUUGAAGCCUGGGAACUCGUUAGUACAAACAUAUUUCGCAAGUAUAGCGGACCAGUCGAUAUCUGGCUGUCCAGUUUAAAUCCCAUGCAAUCCUCACAUGAAGUGGUGCAUUGCUUGCUCAAUGAGCAGCCCAGAAAGAGCUUCCUGGCGAUGGCACAGCAUUCCAGCCAAUGGGUUUGGUUCCGCAAGCUGUUUGUAGCAUUUUCCAGUUACACGUAUGUGAACACGCUUAAAAAGAUGUAGUAGCCUCAUGGUAGAUGUUCUAUUUUUGUGGAUAUACUGCCACUGCCAGCUGCGGAUAUGUUUUUUUUUUGUUUUGUUCGUGUGCUUACUUUUAGUGUUUCUUUACGACAUGAUUCUGUAGAAAAUCGAAUAUGUACCCUGAUUUGCAAAUUUUUGCAUCCGGGAUAACCCUUCUUAUAUGAAUCUAAUUGAGAUUAACACUGUCUAA